AUCACAUCCAAGGUUACGAACAUAACAACGUGCAUUUUCUUCAACUUUAUUCAGUUUAUCCGCAGAAAACGUAGUUUUUGAGCCAAAAUUACUCCUUAAAAGGAAUCUAUAUAGAGAAAAAAUGAAAAGCAUUAUUUUGGUGCUGUCAUUGGCUGUGGUUGUAUACAGCCUCCCCACACCAAAUCCUCUUGAAGAUGCGAACUGGAAAGCAUGGAAAUCAUUCCAUGAGAAGUCAUACAAGAAUGAUGAGGAGGAGAAACUGCGAAAUAUGAUAUGGAAAAGUAAUCUUAAGAAGAUAGUUACUCACAAUGAAAAACAUCACAGCUUUAAACUUGCAAUGAAUCAUUUAGGAGAUCUGACAUCAAAAGAAGUCAAGCACAUGUUACUUGGCUUCAAAGCAAGCCCAAACCUCCAAGGAAGUAAUGGUCCCAAAGUGGUUACGUUUCUCGCUCCCUCCAACUUAAAGGAUGUGAAGUCAAUAGAUUGGAGAACCAAGGGCUAUGUUACGCCAGUCAAGAAUCAGGGCCAUUGUGGUUCAUGUUGGGCAUUCAGCUCUACUGGUGCACUAGAAGGACAACACUUCAGAAAAACAGGAAAACUGGUGUCUCUGAGUGAACAGAAUCUUGUGGACUGUUCCCACAAAUUUGGUAACAAUGGCUGUGAAGGCGGACUGAUGGAUAAUGCAUUCAAAUAUAUCAAGGCUAAUGGUGGAAUUGAUACUGAGCAGAGCUAUCCAUACAAAGCUGCGGAUGGCACCUGCCACUUCAACUCCUCCGACAUCGGAGCAAAAGACGCAGGUUUUUCUGACRUACCUGAAGGUGACGAAUCUGCACUCCGAGCUGCUGUUGCCUCAGUUGGACCUGUGUCUAUUGCCAUUGAUGCCAGUCAAAGCUCAUUUCAUUUUUACAGCAAGGGUGUCUACAGCGAUCCCAAAUGUAGUAGUGUUCAACUAGAUCAUGGUGUUCUGGCUGUUGGUUAUGGGAAUGAGGAUGGAAAGGAUUUCUGGCUUGUCAAAAACAGCUGGGGAACAAGCUGGGGAGAAGAAGGUUACAUAAAAAUAGCAAGAAACGACAAGAACAUGUGCGGCGUUGCUAGCAAAGCCAGUUAUCCUCUUGUUUAGUUCUUUCUUGCAAUACUGUUCUUAAUUAAUUGAAUAUUUUUGUUUAUAAAUGCUAGUGUAUCAAGUUUUUUUUGUGCAUUUUGGACUUCUCUUUUUUGAUAAAUUAAAAAAUUUCUCUGCAAGUAUUUGACAUGCAGUCAGUUGCAUGUGAAAUUUGUUGAAAGUUAUUUAACAUUCAGUCUCACUUGAUAUAAGAUAUUUUACAUGCAGUUUCACAUGGUGUAAGUAGUUGUAAAAGCAUUUUCACAUGCAUGUGAAGCAGGGCUUGAAAUAGAGGCCUGCCAAUGGCCAAAUGAUAAGACAAAUUUCAGGUUCGCCAGGUGAAAAUAACGAUGCACUACCAAAUGAAUAAUAAAAUGGCAUGCAAAAUUUA